AUGAUCGGGUCCAAAACCCUGAUCUUGACAUCAACCUACCCGGCGGAGCUGUCCCUACGGCCGACAAGUCAUGAACGACUCCGACGCCGGUUCAUCACGAUAUUGCAUGGAGCGAGCUGGCUAGCUAGUGUGAUCGCCAUCUCGCUCUUUGCCGCGGCCAUCCCUUCAUGGAACCAGAACUUCUUCCACAAUACGGGCCCCAACCGCGGCGACUGGACCGACGGCAUGCCACUGGGCCCGCUGACUUUCGCCAUGCUCUACCACGCUCUUGUCUUGAUUCGGGCUCAAAUACAAAAAGCCCGGCGUUCGAACGUCAGCACCAGUCAUGGCCCCUCGCUGAGCCAGCCAUGGCUGGUCAUCCACACUACGGUCCCAUGUUUGGUUCUGCUGAGCCUGUUGCCGGCAUUGCUCCUGGCGGCUUAUGGGUCACUAUUCCGGUUCUGGCAGCCGGCGGUACGCACGCAGUCCGGCAUUCUCGUAUGCAACAUGCUCAACAUAUUUGCCCGGGAGUGCGAGCCGACCCUCUACUCCAUUGGCAGCCUGCAAAUCGCCGGGAUUGCAUUUGGGAUACUGGUGUGGGUCCUUCAAUUUGGCCUGCUGCUGGUGAGUCUCCGGAAAUUGAGACGCGUCCGGCUGGCCAAGCAGCUGCAAAGGGAGAAGAUGGCGCAGUAUGCCCGGAGGGAAGAGAGAUCGUCCCGCGCGAGCCGACGAGGCUACGGCAGUGCGAGGGGAUCCACCGACCGCCAUGGUGCAGGAGACCAUGGCGCUUGGCACCAACAUGCGCGCCCCGGCCGCUACCGGCGAAGUGGUUCAAGUUCUAGCUCGGACCCGAAGUCUCGAUCUGGGUCGCAGUCAGGAUCAAGAAGCAAUUCGCUUGUGGGAGGAGUUAGUGAAGCACGCGUUGGUAGGGCAGAGGCCAGCCCCCCAGGCGGCCGACAGCAUCAGAGUCCCCAGGAGGUGCCUAUUUUCUUCAUCCAAGCUCCCGAGGAGUCGCACGCGCCCCCGUCGAGGCGAUCUGGAUGA